GCAGGGUAAUGUGACCAAUUGAAUCAUCCUCGCCCCGGAGCUGGAAGCUGCAAAUCGGAGGAGCAGAGAGCGCUGUGCUCAUUCUGGCUCCUACUCCAAGAAAACCUUUCUGGGGUGACAGUUUCUGCUUGGGAUUCCUCAGGGAUUUUACACGCCGUCCUACAAGGAACUAGUGGCACCCUUUUCAUCUGCCUCGGCCCCUUUGCCCACUUGUCAGACCUCAGACCAGCUCUUAGGUGAAAAGGUCAGAGGGCCCCUGUUUAGCCCUGACUGCAGCUCUAGGAUUAUCCUGUAUUUCCCUGCUUGACAUCCACCUGCAACCAUGACAACCAAAUCAAACAGCAGUGUUCUGGGUGGCAAGGCUUCCUCCUCUCCACUCUUGUCGUCCCCGCCCCGGCAACGCCUGGUCACCAAAGACGGACACUGUGCCCUCCGUCCACCGGUCUGUUCCUCGGGCUCGUGGCGCGGGGCUCUUGGCAGAGCCUGGGUACUGGCCCUACAGGACCUUUGGGGACUGUUGGUGGGUCUGCGCUGGAGAUGGGUCCUGCUGGCCUUCUGCGCCUCCUUCCUGGCGCACUGGCUGCUGUUUGCCUGCCUUUGGUACUUGCUGGCCCACCUCAACGGAGACCUGGCAGUGCAGGAUCACGAUGCCCCCCCACAGGGGCAUGUAGUUUGUGUGAAGCACAUAACCAGCUUCACGGCUGCCUUUUCCUUCUCCCUGGAGACACAGCUGACCAUCGGCUACGGCACCAUGUUCCCCAGUGGGGACUGUCCCAGUGCCAUAGCCCUGCUGGCUGUGCAGAUGUUGCUGGGGCUAAUGCUGGAAGCAUUCAUCACAGGUGCAUUUGUAGCCAAGAUAGCGCGUCCCCAGAAGCGAGCAGGAGCCAUCCAGUUCAGCCCCCAGGCAGUGGUGGGCCAACACCAGGGUCAGACAUGCCUCAUGCUGCGAGCCACCAACCUGCUGCAGCGCCCUCUGGUAGACGUAAAAGUGAGCGCUGUGCUCUACGAGGAGCAUGAAGGUCAGGCACUGCACCAGACCGGACUGGACUUCCACUUGGAUCACCUGGGCCAGCAGCCCUGCCCCUUCUUCAUCUUCCCACUCACAUUUUACCACCCCCUGGACCGCCAAAGCCCCCUGUACCCCGCCCUGUGUGAGGGCACGUCCAACCACUUUGAGUUGGUAGUCUUCCUGUCAGCCUUGCAGGAGGGAACUGGUGACUCCUGCCAGAAGAGGACCUCCUACCUGCGCCAAGAAAUCCAGUUUGACCGUCGCUUUGUCCCCGCCUUGGGGCUGGAUGCUCGGGGUAGAUACAUGGUGAGCACCCAGCACUUCGACACAGCCCAUUCAAAGGAGCCUUUGAACAAGGACUGUGUGGUGCAGAUCAACGGGGAUGGCAGCGACAGGAUGGAGUAAAAAUACUGAGGAGGAGGUCUCAUUGGGACAAAGGGGAGUUUCUAAUGGAUAACUGAGGAGGGGAACAACGGGGGUAAAUAUUUUUGUCGGGAGGUAAUUGGUUCAAUUUGGUUAAUCUAAAAUUAUGUCUAAACAUUUUAAAAUUAAAAUGAAUAUCAAAUUUACCACCCACUACAUUCAUAUAUAUUUUGUUGGUUUGAAUGCCUGGCCACAGGUAUGUGACCAAAUACUAUUUAUUACACGUGAAGUUAUUUUUGUUGCUUUGGUCAUCUGUUCUAUUGGUUAUUUUAUCAUACUCUUAAAUGUAAUAGCUGAGUUGUUUGCACACAACGUUUUUGCUGUACAAUGAAGGAUCAUCAUCUAUAUUAUGUGUAUUGGGCUGAUCAUGUGUUUUUUGUGUGUUGGUCCCUGCUUUAGGACAUCUGAGCAGUUACUAUGCUGAGUGUAUGGUUAUCAUACCUGAGAGAACUGAGAGAUGGCCAAAGCUACAAAAAUAAAACCCAAGUUGUAAUAAAUUGCGGUUUUGUUUAAAUUUAAUCAAAAUUUGCAUUUCAUUAUUCUUACUUUAAAUGUAAGGUUUUAUAACUAGAUUGAGUAUGAUUAAGCUGUAUUUAUGGUGGCACAAUCAAUUUCAAUUCCAGAUCCCGUAAUCAUUUUUUUUUUAUUGUCAACACUGAAUAAAAUACUUAUGUGUAACGUGAAAGUUGGCAUUCAUAGUGAUGCACCCAUAGAGAUUUAUUACAAACUCUUUAUUAGUGAGUUUGUGCAUCUUUCAGCUUCAUGAUUUGGUUUAACAAUGCAUUUGGUGUAUGGUAGUUAUGGCCAUAUGAAGCCUUGUGAAGCUUUGUGAACCAUAUAAUUUAUUUUCUGAGCAUUUUGGUUUAAAGAAAAAGGCUCAAGGAAUGGCAAUUCAGUGUUCUUUGACCCUUUGUUCAACAUAGAGCACCAUCUAUUGACUCAGA